GCGGGACCCGGCGGCGGGCGCUGCGGGGGAGUCCCGGGCUCGGCCGCCAGGCUCCGCCCCGCGGGGCUUCCCGGGCGCGCGCCGCCCCGCCGUGUCCGCGCGCCACGCCCCCCUGCUCGCGGGCCGCGUGCGGAGCCGCGCGCCCCGGAGGCUCGGGGACCGUGGCGGGCGGCGGCGGCGGCGGCGGCGGGCGGAGCAGCAGCAGCCCUCGCGGGCCAUGUCUUCUCCGGCCGUGGCGAGGAACUCCGCGGGAGCGAGCCGGGCGACGGGUCCCCGGCCGCGGAGCCGGAGCCGCUUCUGGGAAGUGGGCGGCGGCGGCGGCGGCGGCCGCGGCGAGCGGCUGGAGCGCGCGGCCGCCGAGUCGGAGCGCUGGGAGCUGCUGCUCCGCCGGGGCGAACUGCUGGCGCUGGGCGGCCACCUGAAGGCAGCGCUGGAGGCGUACGCGGCGGCGCUGCGCCGCGGGGCCCCGGUCAGGCCCGAGUGCCUGGGCACCCUGGUGGACUGCCUGGUGUUCAACUACCGGCUCCGCCACGGGCUGGGCUGGAGCGCGCCGGCGGCCGCGGCGGAGCCGGGCGCGGGCGGGCUGCUCAGCUGCUCGGGCUGCCGGGGCUUCCUGAGCGAGCCGGUGACCGUGCCCUGCGGCCACAGCUACUGCCGCCGCUGCCUGCGCCGGGAGCUCCGCGCCCGCUGCCGCCUGUGCCGCGACCGGCUGCCGCCCGCCGCCGCCGCCGCCGAGGCGAGCGCCCCGCGGCCGCCGCCUCUGGCCGCCGCCAUCGCCGCGUCGAGCUUCCGCACCAGCGUCGUGCUCAACCACCUGGCCGAGAAGUGGUUCCCGGGCCAGCGGGAGCGAGCCCGGGCCGCCGGCCGGCUCGGGGAGCUGCUGCACCAGGGCCGCUACCGGGAGGCCCUGGCCGCCGCCUGCGAGGCGCUGCGAGCAGAGCCCAGCGACCUGACUCUGAAAAUUUACAGAGCGGAAUCAUAUGCUGGUCUCCAAGAGUUUAAAGCAGCUGUUGAGGAUUUGAAUGCAGUUCUCUUUCAACUGCCAAAUUGGCCUGAGGUCUACUUCAGGAAAGGAAAAGUACUCCACGAGGCUGGCUUCUUAGGUGAUGCCUUACAACUCUUUCUUCAGUGCUUAGCCCUUGAUGAAGAUUUUGCACCUGCAAAGCUAGAGGUAGAAAAGAUUUUAUGUGAUUUACUAUCACCUGAAAACGUCAAAGAAGGCCUGAAGGACUCUUCCUGGAGUUCAUUAUCGUGUAUUAAAAACAAACCUUGUGGCUUUCCUUCAGUAAUGGAAGAGUCGAACUCUCCGAGUGAACUUAACCCAGAGCAGAAUGAAGAAAUACUAGAGGUCACAUCAGAGCCUGUCAAAGGAAGCUUAAACCGUGCUCUGUCAGCACAGGCUAUAAAUUCAACAGAAAUGCCUGCCAAAGAGGAUUGUCUAAAAAGAGUGUCCUCAGAACCUUUGCUCUCUGUUCAAGAAAAAGGUGCCCUGCUCAAGAGAAAGCUGUCUCUUGUUGAACAGGAUAUGAUUAUGAAUGAAGAUGGAAGAAAUAAGCUUAAAAAGCAAGGAGAAACUCCCAAGGAACCCUGUACAUUUUCACUAUCUGAUGGUGAUAUUCCUGAAGAAUUAAUAGAUGUCUCAGAUUUUGAGUGUUCUCUCUGCAUGAGGUUGUUCUUUGAGCCAGUAACAACCCCUUGUGGACAUUCAUUCUGUAAGAACUGUCUUGAACGUUGCUUAGACCAUACACCAUAUUGUCCCCUCUGCAAAGAAAGCCUGAAAGAGUAUCUAGCAGAUAGGAGGUACUGUGUCACACAGCUGUUGGAAGAAUUAAUAGUGAAGUAUCUGCCUGAUGAGCUGUCUGAGAGAAAAAAAAUAUAUGAUGAAGAAACUGCUGAACUCUCACACUUGACCAAGAAUGUUCCAAUAUUUGUUUGCACUAUGGCCUACCCCACUGUGCCUUGUCCUCUUCAUGUAUUUGAGCCAAGAUAUAGACUGAUGAUUCGAAGAAGUAUACAAACUGGAACUAAGCAGUUCGGGAUGUGUGUCAGUGAUACACAAAAUAGUUUUGCAGAUUACGGUUGUAUGUUACAAAUUAGAAAUGUACAUUUCUUACCUGAUGGAAGGUCUGUGGUUGACACAGUUGGAGGAAAGCGAUUUCGGGUUUUACGAAGAGGAAUGAAAGAUGGAUAUUGCACUGCGGACAUUGAAUAUCUGGAAGAUAUUAAGGUUGAGACUGAAGAUGAAGUAAAGAACCUCAGAGAGCUUCAUGAUAUGGUAUACUCUCAAGCCUGCAGCUGGUUUCAGAAUUUACGGGACAGAUUUCGAAGCCAAAUUCUUCAGCAUUUUGGAUCAAUGCCCGGGAGGGAAGAAAAUCUCCAGGCAACCCCUAAUGGACCUGCAUGGUGUUGGUGGCUCCUGGCAGUUCUUCCUGUAGAUCCCCGGUAUCAGCUGUCAGUUUUGUCAAUGAAGUCUUUGAAAGAACGGUUGACAAAGAUACAGCAUAUACUGACCUAUUUUUCUAGAGACCAAUCUAAGUAACCAACAGCUUGGAUCUUCCUCUGAAGUUUCCCUAAUCUGGCUGUGUUAAUGGCCAGAUUGUCUGCUGCCUUUGCACAUCCAGUGCUGGUUUGAGAAAUGUAACAGAACUGGUUUUUUUUUUUCUUCCUUCAACCUCCUGAAUCAUGUGGUUCUGCAAAUGAAUACCUUCAACUAGGAUUUAGACCACUAAGAACUUGCACAGAAAAACACGCACUGAAUGUGUGUUAAACCUCUACAUUGUGAUGAAGUUGCACUAUGUACCAUAUUCUAAAAUGAAAUGACAACUCUGUAUGUAUGUCUGAAUGUGUGUGUGUGUGUGUGUGUGUGCGUGUGUGUGUGAGAGAGAGAGAGAGAGUGAGAGAGAGAACGAGAGAGAGUAGUAUGUGUGCAUUUUCUCUGGCUUUAACAUUUUAAAAGAAAAAAAAAGCCAUAGAGAGCAGAACUUGCCCGAGGGUUAUUUAUUGCCCAAGUUUACAACGGUAGUGUUCAAGUUUUUGCAAAUUCAAUUUGCCUCAGAUUUAUCUAUCCUAAGCUUAUAUUUGCACAAGUAUGUAAACUAUGGUAUUGAGUAUCACUCUUCGUUGGGAAUACUGCUCUUGCUGAACUGUCUUGACCAUUGACUAUGACACAGUUUCUUAUUUAUGUAAAUACUUGCAUCCCAGUGGCCAACAGGCGUUGGAUGCAGAACCUAGAGCCAGUUUUCAGGAACAAUUGCAAACCUGACAUGGUACUGUGCAUCUAUUCAUAAAACACUUAAAACUGUGAAAAUAUGGUUUACAUUCAAUUGUACAUAAAGGUAAAUGGAAAACUCAAUUCAGUACCAGUUAGUUUGUACAUUUAGGGGGGCUUUUCACAUUAACUGCCCAUCUCUAAUGUAUAGUUUAACACGAUGUAUUGUUUAAAACAAUUACAUAGUAUACGCCCAUUAAGGAUCUGGGGGAAGAGAAGAAGCUUAAUAUAGAACGAAGCUUUUAAAGUAUGUUUUAUUUUUAAAUUCUGGUCUUGGUGCAAAUGUUAGUUAUGCCUUAUUCAUAUCACAAUUAGAUCACCAUGCUGUGACAUGGUUUAUAUUCAUGCUGCCCUAGAUACUUUUGUAAUUAUUUGUUGCAAACUUGUGACUGUCCUUAUUAACUUUCUUUUAUGUAAGUAAUUUGUAAAAGUUUCUUAAAAUUUUUGCUUUUGCUUAUUUAAUUUUGAAUAAAAGCUAAAUUCA